AUGUCUUUCGGCGGCGGUUUCGGUGGCUUCGGCCAAAAUAACAACAACACGAACCAGUCGUCAGGCUUUGGCGGCUUCGGAGCCAAUAAUACUACCAACACCUCAGGCUUCGGGACGAACAACACUGGCGGCGGUUUUGGCCAAACGAACACGUCCGGUGGCCUCUUUGGGGGCAACAACAACGCCUCGAGCGGCUUCGGCUCAUCGACCGGCGGAUUCGGAUCCAACACGACUGGCGGCUUCGGCAGCAAGCCUGCCACCACCUUUGGUUCCACUGGCAACACUGGCACCGGCCUCUUUGGAUCCUCCAAUACCACGACCAAUACCGGAACUGGCUUUGGAGGAUUUGGCAACACGACCAACAAUACCUCGACGUUUGGGAGCACCAACACUGGAGGUGGUAUGUUUGGAAACAAUAAUGCCAACAAGACUGGUUUCGGGACCACGUCCAACACCGGCGGUUCGCUCUUUGGCGGUGGAAACACCAACACCACUGGAACCGGAUUUGGUGGGGGAUUCGGCACUUCCAACACCAACACCCUCAGCGGCGGCGUCGGUGACCCUCCAGGCACUGCUAUAACCCCUUUCCAGGCCCACACCGAGAAGGAACCAAACACCACCUCGACCAACUCGUUCCAGAACGUUCUCUUCCAGGACCCUUACAAGAAGUGGUCGGCCGAAGAGCUUCGACUUGCAGACUAUGUUCAGGGACGGCGGCAUGGCAAUGCCAGCGGCGGCGGUGCGUUUGGCGUGAGCUCGGGUUUUGGUGGAGGUUUUGGCACUAACACAAAUACUACCACGACAUCAGGCUUCGGAACGAACACGAACACAACUGGCGGUCUCUUCGGAGGAGGAAACACCGCCAACAACACCACAACCACAGGCUUCGGCUCUACGGGCUUCGGCUCUACAGCCACUACCAACAACACCACCGGUGGAGGCUUGUUCGGCAACAACGCCAACAAGCCUGCAGGUGGUCUGUUUGGUAGCAGCACAACGAACACCGGUGGUGGCCUCUUCGGAGGAGGAAACACCAAUACCAACACCAGCGGCUUCGGCGCGACGAACAACACCGGAACGGGCUUCGGCCAAACCAACACAAACACCGGUGGUGGUCUCUUCGGAGGUGCCCAGAACAAGCCUGCUGGUACUGGGUUUAGCUUCGGCAACACCAAUAACACGACCACUACAAGUGGUUUUGGAAACACCACGAACAGCGCCUUUGGAGCAACCAACACCAACACCAACACUGGCGGUGGCCUCUUUGGCAACAAUACCAACACCAACCAGACUUCAAGCCUCUUCGGUGGUAACAACAACAACCAGCAGACGAACACUGGAACUGGACUGUUUGGUCAAAACAAUGCCAACAACAACACUGGUGGAGGCUUGUUCGGCAACAACGCCAACAAGCCUGCAGGCGGCCUGUUUGGCAAUACCACUCAGACCAACACUACUGGCGGCGGUCUUUUCGGUGGAGGAAACACCAAUACCAACACCACGGGUUUUGGCGCCACGAACAACGCUGCCGGUGGCGGUCUGUUCGGAAACAAGCCUGCCACUGGGGGCUCUCUCUUCGGGGGCAACAACACUGCUCAGACAAACACUGGCGGUACUGGCCUCUUUGGUGGUCUCGGCUCCAACAACACGAACCAGGCGACGACUGGCAGCUCUCUCUUUGGAAACACAAACCAACAGCAGAAGCCCAAUGUGUUCGGUGGCACCAACAACGUCACUGGAUCUAGCUUGUUUGGCGGUCAAAACGCAAACCAAGGCUCGUCUCUCUUUGGCGCGAGCACCAACCAGCAGCAGCAGGUGAACGGCUCUUCGCUGCUUGGCAACAGUCAAUCAGCCAAUGCUCCCCAGGGACUCACGGCGAACAUUAAUGAUGUCUCGGCGUUUGGCUCCCCUGGUUUGUUUGCUGGCUUGGGCGGCAACGAGGUCCAAAACCCCGGCCCUCUUGCUACUCCUCUCAACGGAAGCUCUAAGCCUAGGAGAAGUUCGAUCUUGCCCAUGUACAAGCUGGCGCCUGCAUCCGCAUCCCGCUAUGCCACUCCCCAGAAGAGGGGCUUUGGUUUUUCGUACAGCACCUACGGCACUCCCUCAGGCAGCCCUGCUAGUAGCAUCUCGAGCACGCCCGGAAACGGAAACCUCGGCCACAGCUUGCUGGGCUCUAGCCGUAAUGGUGGAUUGAGCAGGAGCAUGUCAACCAACAACCUCCGUCGCAGCUUCAACACUGAGGACAGUAUCCUUGCUCCUGGAGCGUUUUCUAAUGGAUCUCAGCCUCGGUGGUACGGCAGCACUGGCUCCAAGAAGCUUGUCAUCAACAGAGAUAUUAGAAGUGAUCUGUUCUCGACUCCGCAGAAGGACAAGUCAUCUGACGCUGGCACCGGAUCCCGCAAGCUUUCGAAACGCGUGAGCUUCGACACAAGCAACGUCGAUGCCGAGGACAGUACUCCUGUUCGUGGUGCUCUUCCCGCUCCCGAGGAUGUCGGCAGCCCCUCCAACGAGGAGACUCCCCGCCAGACUCGUCCGACUAACGGUUCAAACGGCUCCAAGACUCCUGAGAUGGAGGAGGUUAAGGGCAAGGAGCUUGCCAUCGUCCAUGAAGAAGACAACGCGGCCACCCCGGAAGCUGCUUCGGCUAACAACUUCGAUAAUGCUCCCGGCCAAUACUGGAUGCAACCCCCCAAGGAGGAUCUCGAAAAGAUGAACCGUAUGCAGCGACAAAAGGUUGACGGCUUCACUGUUGGACGUGACAAUGUUGGAUACGUCUCUUUCAAGGUCCCCGUUGACAUCAGCAACAUUGAUCUUGACGACAUUUGCGGUGGCUUGAUUGUUCUUCAACCCCGAUCAGCCACUGUCUAUCCUGUGGCAGCCAAGAAGCCACCUGUUGGAAAGGGUCUCAACGUGCCCGCGCGAAUUGCCCUGGAACAGUCCUGGCCUCGUGGAGCUCGCGACAAGAGAAUCUCCAACGACCCCAAGCGAUUCAACAAGCACGUCGAGCGUCUUAAGCGAAUCGAGAACACGACCUUCGAGAGCUACGACCAGGAUACGGGCAUCUGGGUCUUCUCGGUUGAGCACUUUACCACCUACGGCCUCGAUGAUGAUGACUCGGAUGAUGAGGAAGAUGUCACCCAGCAAGAGCCUGUGGCCCCUCAAGAAAUGGCUCUUGAUACCACUGGCAGCACUCCAAUGGAAGACGACACGUUUGAAUUUCGGAUGCACCGAGGCGUGCCCGGUGGCUUUGACGAGCAGGCGCAGAUGUAUGAAGGUGAUUUCUCUGGCCAGCAGUCUUUUUUAGGGGUUAGCUCCGCGGAUUCCGCGCCCAACGAUGUCAGGCUGUCACUCGAUGACGAGUACGCCGAAGACGUGGGUGAGGAAUAUGACGUGUCCGAGGAUGAAGACAUGGCGAGGUCUUCCCUUGAACACCAUCUUGCCGCGGAGCAUGACGAUGCCUCGUCCGAGGAUGCCCAGGAAGCCGUCAAGGCCACUCCUGGAGGUAUCCUCAGAGCUAGAAUGCGAGCUGUGAAGGACUCUGCUGGUCCUGUGCAGCUCGAGGUUGCAGAUGGAGAUGACUGGAUGGAGAUGUUGAGGAAGACUGUCAGCCCUGUCAAACGAGAUCGACAGCUUCUCAGGGAGCUGAACGAAUCCCCUUCGAGACAGACCGGUGUGCUGAUCGACCUUGAUAAGAGCGGGAACGACACAUUGCGGAAGUCGUCGAUCUGGAGGAAGAGCACAGCCAAGAAUGACAGGAUGGAUAAUUUUGCUGCCAGUACUAUUGGCAUGGACAAGGGACGUGGUUUUGCGACGAGUAUCGACCUCAUGAACUCUCUGUUCGAGAAGCCCAAGCCAGCACCCAAGAAUCUUCGAGCCUCUAUUCCUGGCAAAGGCUUCCCCAAGUGGCCCUACGAGCGACAAGACAAGAAUUUGACUAUUGAUCAUGACGAAAAGGUCUUCCACGACGCAGGUCGGCCGACUUGGGGACCCGAUGAGACACUCGUUGUUCCUCGACCAUUUGACCCCGAGAGCGGUCGACGGUCGAUUCUUCGGACCUCGGACCUCCUUUCAUUCAAGCGUUCUACGAUUCAGACGGAAACGCAGGAGCUUCGAUUGGCCACCUUCUCUUCAGAUUCCUCCAAGAGGUAUCUCAACAGCCAGGAUAAGCUGACCGAGAUCCGAGUGGUUGACGAUAUUCCCGUAGCCUCACUGAAGGCAGCUAGUCUGAAGGAUGUUUUCCAUCAACAGGACAUGAAUGACCCGUCUAGUAUGCAGGAGAAGCAUGUCUGGGACCUGGCGAGCAUUCUCUUUGACGACCUGGAACCCCAUCCUACCCAGCCCGAACACCUGAUCCGAAGGGCUGAGCUGUCUCAUUUUUGGACCGACCUGGUUGAUCAAGCUUCAUCAACAACCAUUGGCCUUGCAGGUUCGAGUGAAGAGAAGGCUGUCGCUUGCCUUGCCGGUCAUCGGGUUACUGAGGCUUGCAAGCACCUUCUCGAUGGCAAGAACUUCCGCCUUGCCACCCUCGUCCCCCUUAUUGGCACCAAUGAUGCUGCCAAGAAGGAUAUGAGGGAACAGCUCAAGGCCUGGCACGACUCAAAGAUGCUCUCAGAGUUCUCUGAAUCGAUCCGGACCAUCUAUGAGCUCCUGAGUGGCAACGCGUGUGUCUGCGAAGGCAUGAAGGGAGUUCCUGUUGAGGACCGACUGGACUCGUUUGUCAUUUCCAAGAAGUUUGGUCUGGACUGGAAGCAAUCCUUUGGUCUCCGACUGUGGUAUGGAAUCGCGCAGUUUGACGACCUGGCGGCCGCAGUCCAAGGGUUCAAGAAUGAUGUGGACCAGGAGAAGGAGUAUCUGCCACUCCCAUGGUACAUCGACCAGGGCAUCAAGCCACUGUGGGAUGAUGUGGACUCUGACCGCAGACAAGAUCUCCUCUGGGGUCUCUUGCAGCUGUACGCAAACGAUGCUUCUGACCUGGAGGCUAUCUUGCGGCCCGAAAACUCGCAACUCUCACCUCUUGACAUGCGGCUGACAUGGCAGCUGGGUCUUGCACUGGUGUCGACUGGCAAGGUCUCGUUUGGGGAGAGGGCCACUGAGAAGGCCGACGCUGCUACCAUCGCCUAUGCAUCACAACUCACCAGUGCUGGCGAGUGGCUUGAAGCCGUGUUCGUGCUGCUCCACCUGAGCAACUCGGUUGCCCGAAAGAUGGCCAUCCAAGAACACCUAGCCCGACACGCCGGUUCGAUUGGGGAUGAGACAAGCACGGCAUUUGGAGUUCUGGUCGAGAAAUUCUGCAUUCCCUCGUCGUGGAUCUGGGAGGCUCUGGCUCUGUACAUGCGAAGCGUGAAGAAGGAUGCGUAUGCUGAAGUCCAGUGCCUUCUGCGCGCUGGCUCUUUUGUCGAGGCUCACCGGGUGCUGGUCAAGGAGGUUGCGCCUUUGGCGAUUGUGGAGCGCGAGUAUGACAACCUGUCAGCUCUCAUCUCUCAGUUUGAGGGCCGGCACAUGGCUAUUUCGAACUGGUCAUUGGGUGGAGAGAUUUAUAACCUCUUCUUGACGCUGAUUCAGCACCGAAGCAAGGGCGAGACGCCACCAGCUAUUGUGUUGGAGAAACUUCUUGCUGGGUUGCAUGCGAUGGACGAGGAUGUGGCAGAUUCAGAGGUUUUGCGGUACGCUGCUGUGUCGGAUAUGGCAGAUGAGACUGCCAAGGAGAUUUUGAAGGCUACAAAGAAAAAACAGGACAUGGAACUUCGGGCCAAGAUUCUCAACUUGCCCCUGACACAGGACCGCCUACUGGCAUACUCAGUGGACCUGGGCAUGGAUCGUUAUCGGGAGGUGAUGUCUCAUUAA